AUGGUUGGAGGCAGACGACGAGCACUCGACACGGCCACUUCGUACACCAAUGGAAAUGAUUCGAACAAGAAGUCCAAUGGAUAUAACCGCACCGACUUGGAGGCUGCGUACGGUACAAUCAAUCCGCCAAAGCCACGAAAAAGAUUUCGCGAUGCAAUUCAAAACACCAUCCAAGACAAUCGAACAGCAGAGAUGAAAAGAAAACUCAUUGAUAACGUGGAUCACGAUGUCUUGGAGAAAUAUAGGAAGAGUGAGGAGAGUCUCAAAAGCAUGAAAAAUAAGAAGGUUCGAGCUUUCUACGAAGAGCAGAACAACCGGCUCGAUGAUUGGCUUGAAGUCGACAUGAUCGUUACCUCACUUGCAGAUGAUGUGCUAGAUAGCAUGCACCCAAGAGAUACUGAUGGCGACGGUGUGGUGGAAGAUACAGGACCUUUAGGCACUAGUGGAGAAGCUCUCGAACCCUUCCUGCCUGAAGAUGAGCGCGAAAAACGAGCAAAGUCAGCUAAGCACGUCAGAUGGGCGAUCAAUAUCAACGUCGUCGUCAACGUCCUCCUGCUCGGCGCCAAGGGCGUCGCAGCCAUCUGGUCCAGCUCGCUUUCCCUGAUCGCAUCUUUGGUCGACUCCGCGUUAGACCUACUCUGUACCGUCAUCAUUUGGACUACCAACAGGCUCGUAGGCUGGCGACUCGACAAACUCAAGAAGAAGUUCCCCGUCGGUCGCAGACGUCUCGAACCCCUCGGAAUCCUCGUCUUCUCGAUCAUCAUGGUGAUCUCGUUCUUGCAGAUUCUCCAAGAAUCAGUCAAAAAGCUGCUCCCGAGUGGUGAUCACGAUGUAGCAACUCUCCCGCCCGCCGCCAUCUUUGCUAUGGUAGCUACCAUCGUUGUCAAAGGCACGAUUUGGAUUGGCUGCGCAAGAGUCAAGACAACACAGGUCCAAGCUUUGGCUCAAGAUUGUAAAACAGAUGUCUAUUUCAAUACGCUGUCGCUGUUGUUUCCCCUGAUAGGCCAUCAGGUUGGUGUCUGGUGGCUUGAUCCUGUGGGCGCUUCCAUUCUCUCGCUGUUCAUCAUCUACGACUGGGCGGGUACCUGUCUCGAGAACGUCACACGGCUGACUGGCGAGGCGGCGAACGAUCGGACAGAGCGCAAGCUCAUGUUCAUGGCUUACCGUUUUGAGCCCCUUGUUGAGGGCUUCAAGAGCAUCAAAGCUUACCAUGCUGGAGACGGGGUGUGCGUGGAGAUCGAUAUCUUGAUGCCUGAAGAUGCGCCACUGAGAAGAUGUCACGACAUUGCAGAGACACUGCAGUACUGUUUGGAAGGAUUGAGUGAAGUUGAUAGGGCUUUUGUGACGGUUGAUUGUGAGUAUAUCAUAUUCACGCUCGCAAGAGAAGUUACUAAUAAAACGCAGACAUGUCGCAAGGGCCUACUGGUCACGGACAGCAGGACGGCGCGUAGCAAGAGAUUCAAAGGUUAG